AUGAGAUGCGACUCCAUUGGGGAUGCCACCAUUGAGGAUGUCACCAGGGGAGAUGCCACCGCAGGAAGUGCCACCGUUGGACGUGCCACCAGUGAGGGAGGUGACACCGUCACUGGGGACGUCACCGUGAGAGAUGCCACCACUGCGGGAGGUGACUCCAGUGGGAGAGGUGACACAACUGUGGGAGAUGCCACCACUUUGGGAGAUGCCACUGUAGAAGGUGCCACCACCCCGAGGGACGUCACCGCUGCGGGAGGUGACAGCACCAUCAGCGAUGCCACUGUGGGAGGUGUCACCACGAGAGAUGCCACCGUGGGAGACGCUGGCGGUGGAGGUGACACUGAUGAUGCCAUGGGAGAUGCCACCAACUUGGGAGGUGCUCCUGGGUGGGGACACAGAACUGCAAAGGAUGCCACCAGUGGAGAUGUCACCAGUGGAGAUGUCACCAGUGGAGAUGCCACCAAUGGAAAUGCCACCUCUGGAGAUGUCACCAAUGGAGAUGCCACCUCUGGAGAUGCCACCAAUGGCGAUGCCACCAGUGGAGAUGUCACCAAUGGAGAUGCCACCUCUGGAGAUGCCACCUCUGGAGAUGUCACCAAUGGAGAUACCACCGCUGCACACGAUGUCACUGCCCUGGGAGAUGCCACCACUGUGGGAGGUGCUGUCGUGGGAGGUGACAUCCAGCAAGUUGUCACCAGCAGGGGAGAUGCCACCAUAAGAAGUGCCACCGGGGUGGCAGAAGCCACCGACUGGAAAGUCACUGUGAGAGAUGACACUGCAGGAGGCACCGCUGUGGCAGAAGCAGUGGGAGAUGCCACCACAGGAAGUGUCACCGUGGGAGAUGUCACCUCGAGUGGUGUUACUGUCACCAUGGGAAGCGUCGCUGCAGGAGGUGCCACCAUGGCAGGUGUCACCGUGAGAAGUGCCACUGUGGGUGAUGUCACCGUGGGAGAUGUCACCGUGGGAAGUGCCGCUGUUGGAGAUGUCACCAUAGGAGAUGCCACUAUGGGUGAUGUCACCAUGGGAGAUGUCACCGUGGGAAGUGUCAUUGUGGCAGAUGUCACCGUUGGAGAUGCCACCAUGGGUGAUGUCACCAUGGAAGGUGUCACUGUGGGAGAUGUCACCAUGGAAGGUGUCACUGGUGAAAGUGUCCUUGUUGGAGAUGCCACCGUGGGAGAUGUCACUGCGAAGGAUGUCACCAUAGGAGGUGUCACCAUGGGAAGUGUCACCGUGGGAGAUGUCACCAUGGGAGAUGCCACCAUGGAAGGUGUCACUGGUGAAAGUGUCCUUGUUGGAGAUGUCACCGUGGGAGAUGCCACCACGGGAAGUGUCUUUAUGGCAGAUGUCACCGUUGGAGAUGCCACCAUGGGAGAUGUCACCGUGGGUGGUGCCACCAUGGGAGGUGUCACCAUAGGAGAUGCCACCAUGGGAGAUGCCACCGUGGGAAGUGUAUUUGUGGCAGAUGUCACCGUUGGAGAUGCCACCAUGGGAGAUGUCACCAUGGGAGAUGUCAUUGUGGGUGAUGCCACCGUGGAAGGUGUCACUGACGAAAGUGUCCUUGUUGGAGAUGCCAUCUUGGCAGAUGUCACCAUAGGAGAUGUCACCAUGGAAGGUGACACUGAUGAAAGUGUCCUUGUUGGAGAUGUCACCGUGGGAGAUGCCACCAUGGGAAGUGUCAUCGUGGCAGAUGUCACCGUUGGAAAUGCCACCAUGGGAGAUGUCACCGUGGGUGGUGCCACCAUGGGAGGUGUCACCAUAGGAGAUGCCACCAUGGGAGAUGUCACUGUGGGUGGUGCCACCGUGGGAAGUGCCACUGUUGGAGAUGCCAUCCUGGGAGAUGUCACUGUGGGAGAUGCCACCAUGGAAGGUGUCACUGAUGAAAGUGUCCUUGUUGGAGAUGUCACCGUGGGAGAUGCCACCAUGGGAGAUGCCACCAUGGGAAGUGUUUUUAUGGCAGAUGUCACCGUUGGAAAUGCCACCAUGGGAGAUGUCACUGUGGGUGAUGCCACCAUGGGAGAUGUCACCAUGGAAGGUGACACUGAUGAAAGUGUCCUUGUUGGAGAUGCCACCGUGGGAGAUGUCACUGCGAAGGAUGUCACCAUAGGAGGUGUCACCAUGGGAAGUGCCGCUGUUGCAGAUGUCACCAUGGCAGAUGCCACCAUAGGAGAUGUCACCAUGGCAGAUGCCACUAUGGGUGAUGUCACCAUGGGAGAUGUCACCGUAGGAGAUGUCACCAUGGGAAGUGCCACUGUUGGAGAUGUCACCAUAGGAGAUGCCACCAUAGGAGAUGUCACCAUGGCAGAUGCCACUACGGGUGAUGUCACCAUGGACGAUGUCACCGUGGCAGAUGGCACCACGAGAGGCGUCGCUGAGGGAGGUGUCACCGUGGGGCCGCAUGGUCCUGG